CUCAACAGAAAGGUCUGUGUGACCUUGUGAAGGAGAUUCCAUCAUGUGAUCACAGAGGACAGAAAAGGGCUGCAGGAGAAUGUAGUACACCCUUUGAAUAGAGCUAUGCUCCAGGCACAGGCUGGCCGGGAUCCUGCACAUGGUGGACUCUGCUCUCAGCUAUGCUUCUUCCUCGGAGAUGCCCACCUGGCGAGUCUGUGAUGAGCAGGAGUCGGGAGGCCCUUUCUCUCCUGCUGGGUUAGGACAGCUCUGAGCCAUGGUUACACAACCAAGCAGCGAUGUUUCUAGGAUCUACUCCAUCUCAUUGAAAUUCAGGAGGCAGUGCUCCUUCCCUUGGCUCAAGUGCAGUUUUGCUGGGCUUUUGUCCAUGAGUGAAUAGUUCUUGCUGGAAGCCCCUCACCCCAAGACGAGCUCUCCCAACGGCCGGACAGCAGCGGAGCAUGCCUGUCCCCAGUGCCAUGACACGGGAGGGGCAGUUCAGGGAGGAGCUGGGCUACGACCGAAUGCCCACACUGGAGCGGGGACGGCAGGACCCAGGCCGGCAGGACCAGGGCAGCUACACCCCUGAUGCAAAGCCUGGCGACCUUCAGCUGUCUAAGAGGCUGCCUUCGUGCUUCAGCUACAAGACCUGGGUCUUCUCCGUGUUGAUGGGGAGCUGCCUUCUUGUGACCUCGGGAUUCUCCCUCUACCUGGGCAACGUGUUCCCCUCUGAGAUGGAUUACUUACGGUGUGCAGCGGGCUCUUGCAUCCCCUCAGCCAUUGUGAGCUUCGCUGUUUCAAGGAGAAAUGUCAGUGCGAUUCCCAACUUUCAGAUACUGUUUGUUUCCACAUUCGCUGUCACCACCACGUGCUUGAUAUGGUUUGGGUGCAAACUGGUCCUGAAUCCAUCAGCAAUCAACAUAAACUUCAACCUCAUUCUGCUCCUCCUGCUGGAGCUUCUCAUGGCAGCCACAGUGAUCAUCUCUGCACGGUCCAGUGAGGAGCCCUGCAAGAGGAAGAAGGGCUCCAUCUCCGACAGCAGCAACAUUCUGGAGGAAGUGCCAUUUCCUGCUCGGGUCCUGAAAUCCUAUUCGGUGGUCGAGGUCAUCGCUGGUGUCUCUGCUGUCCUCGGUGGGGUCAUUGCUAUGAACGUGGAUGAAGCAGUCUCAGGCCCACACCUCUCAGUGACAUUCUUCUGGAUCUUAGUGGCUUGUUUUCCAAGCGCCAUUGCCAGUCAUGUGACGGCGGAGUGUCCCAGCAAGUGCCUGGUGGAGGUGCUGCUGGCCAUCAGCAGCCUGACGUCCCCACUGCUGUUCACGGCGUCUGGGUACUUGUCCUUCAGCGUGGUGAGGCUCGUGGAGAUCUUCAAAGAUUAUCCACCAGCCAUCAAAUCCUAUGACCUGCUGUUGCUGCUGCUGCUGCUGGUGCUGCUGUUGCAGGGCGGCCUCAACACUGGCACCGCCAUCCAGUGUGUGAGCUUCAAGGUCAGCACGAAGCUGCAGUGCACAUCCUGGGACACCCAGGCUGGCCACCACGAGCGCCCAGAGGGGGAGGUGGCCAGAAGCCCCCUGAAGGAGUUUGACAAGGAGAAAGCCUGGAGAGCCGUUGUGGUGCAGAUGGCCCAGUGACCAGAGUAGACGUCCGGCUGCACAGACCCCACUGUCCUGUGGCCACGACUCUCUAACACACUCUUUCCCUUCCUGAGGGCAGACUUAACUUUGAAGUAGGUGAAUGUGGGCUGUUUUGUCCUGUGGGAUCCGUCAGCUUAAUGCCAGUUUCCAGACCCCUGUGAAGAUGGCAGAGGGACAGCCUGGGCAGAGGCUUCUCCACAUUCCAGGCCUCUCUCGUCCAGCUUCCUUGGUGUGCCCUUCCCUGUGGAAAGGGCACACCAAGUGUGCUGUGGCUCUUCCUCACUUUGCGCUUUCCCCUUCUGAGAUGACACCUCUCAAGGGUCCAGCCCACCAAGCAUCCUUCCCCAGAGCAGGCCAGAACUCUGUCCCACCCCUAGAACUGGCCACUUCACAUAGUUGCCAUUGCUUUUCCCACACUCCAAUUCUCCACCCGGUCUUCCAUACACCCAGCAUUCCAGAGACUCCACCUCCUCCCCAGCCCUGGAGGGUGUCCCUGGGAUCCUCAGGUCCAGUUGGAGCUCUGCCUGACCACUGACCACCAGUGUUCUCAGGGAGGGAGCUGAUUGUGGGGCUUUGGAAAAAUGGAUCUGACUGCGUAGCCACUCACCACCCUGCGGCAGUGACAGUUGAAGCUGGGUCUCUCCACAUUUGCCUGGCUCCUGCAGGAUAGACCCCAUUUGAGUGUGGGCAGUCCCUGUGCCCCAGGCCUCUCACUGCCUGACUGAUCCCUGCUCAUCAAGCUCUGGCCAGGGUGUACCUCUCCAGCAUGUCUAUCACUGCCUGCUGCCAGGCUGCAGGGACAGUUUGGGUAAGAAUAAUAUUGGUUUCUGUUAAAACCAUGGCCACAAGUUGGCUUGUGUGCCCUCUGGCUACCCUCUGAGGACACAGGAUCCUCCCGCUGACAUGGCACCUGUUAAUCCCCGGUGAGUUGGGUACCAGCGUUUUUUGCAGUCAAAGUGUUUUUUCUCUCUCUGCACAAGAAGAGAAGCUGUGCUCAGGAAGGCACUGAAGUUCGCUGUCCACUGAGCUGAGUGUUAACUGCUGCCCCCACCCCAGGGAGGCUGAGGAAAGGCCUGGAGGCCAUUAUCACCAAUGGACCAGUAAACCAGGGACUUGGUGGGAUGGGCAGCCUGGCCAGGGGGAUGUGAGGACCUUCUCAGGCAUCUUACUCUUGAUCCCAGUGGCCCUGGUUGCCAGGAAUCAUGAUUGGGAGGUCAUUAUUUUCAGCUGGAGAAGAGGAAUGCAGAUAAGACUCAGGAAGCUGGAAGGUGCCAAGAAAGCAGCUAUCUCCAGCCCUGGGUGACCUCUCUGCAGCCCUUUUCCUGGGCAGCUCCAAAGGACAAAGCCAGGGCCAGCUAGGCCAUGCCCAGACGAGCACCACCAUGGAGGUCAUUCUCCUGCCUACGUGAGGCCCAGGUCCUCAGGCUAGGCCACUGCCCCCCUGUAGCUCUGCCGUGAGGAGGCCAGGUGGGAUCUGCUCCCCUGUUCCUGAGAGUGGGUGGGAGUCACAGGGACUGCCCUGGGGCAGUGGUCAUCAGGGGACAGAUGUGGCUGGAGGAUCACUACUGGCUUGCACUCCACAGAACUAAACAACCCAAGUGGAAUUUCAAAAUUGUCCCUGAUUUACACUUUUUUCUAUAUAUCAUUUAAUAAGCUAGAACAAUAAACGCUAACAUACAAAUGUG